UCUGAGACCAUCGGCACAACACAAAGAUCGAUGCGGCUUCAGAGGAGUGCCAAAGACUCACCUUCCAAGCCAUGGCCAUGGCAAAUCUUUGCAUGCCUGUCAGACAGUCCUUCGCUGGCCAGGUGAGAAGCAUCCAGGCAACGCCUUAUCACCACUUGCCUGGCAGGAAGUGUGUAGGAUGUGCUCUUCACCACCUCCAAGGACGCCAAUAUCCAUUGCUUGCUGUUUCCAGCCAAAGACAAAGAUUGCGUCAGCUGUCAAACAUAUUGAGGGAUAGUGGAGCAGUACCAUCCACGCAAGAGAGCUCAUGGAAUUCGAAAGACACUGCCGCGGCCGUUCUUGUGACUGGAACUGCUAUUGGAGGCGGCUUCUUGGCGUUGCCCUACACCACCGCCCCAUCGGGCUUCGUACCAUCAUUUGUGGUGAUGCUCUUCUCCUGGGCGCUCCUUUUUGUCCAGGCUCAAGUGGCUACAGACCUGUUGGUCGAGGAGUCAAAAGGCGAAGCAGUCAGCUUUGCAGUUGCAGCGCAGAGGAGGCUGGGCAGCAAGGGUGAAAUUGUCAUCUCUGUUCUGUUCUUGCUAUUGAUGAUGACGACGCUAGUAUCUCAAUACGCCGAAGCUGGUGCCCUUUUCUCCACCCUCACUGGCAUGCCACAGAAUUUGGCUCGUUUGCUUCUGUCACUGGCCUUGGCGAUACUUACCUGGAAGAGUCCCACGACUCGCACUGCUGCGGUCAACGGCCUUUUAACGCUAGGCUUCGUGUUGGCAAGCUUCGUGGUCUUUGGCACCGGAUUGCCACUGGCUCACUGGGAUCGACUGCUGCGAAGUGAUUGGCGGAACUACGCCAGGUCCUUUCCGACUAUCUUGCAGCUCUUCGUGUACUUGGAAGUAACGCCAAGCAUUGGGUCCCUACUUCAACUGCAGCCAAGUCGGAUGAAAAGAGCGAUCUUUGUGGGCUCAGUCUUGUUGCUGAUUUUGGAGACGGCCUGGUCAGCCUUGGGUUUGGCCUUGGUCCCCUUCCACGGGGGCCUGCGGGAGGAUCCUGUCACAGUCCUGCUGAGGCAAGGAGGCCCCGUGGCAUCGGCAGUGUUGGGGCUUGGUUGCUUUGCCGUAGUCACGACCAUCCUGGGCACAAACCUUGCCUUGAGAUCCUUUUGCCGCGGUGCAAAGCUGCUUCCACCUUCAUGGGCCUACAGCCUAGGUGUUUUGCUGCCAGCUUUAGCUCCAAAAGGGGCCUUCUUUGCCGCGAUUGACUUCGCAGGAGCAUACCCCGUGACACUGCUGUGGGGCUGCGCUUUGCCAUUGAUGGCGCUUCGUGGGCAAAACAAGACAAAGAGGAAGACCUUGCUGCUGCUGGCCCUUUUCCUGGCGUCACUGGUGUCUUGGCUUUGCACAUGUCAAAGAUUCUAUAUAUAUAUAAGUUUUCAGCAAUGCUCUUCUUUGCAAGUCAGUUAUUCCUGGAUGACCAAAGCCUAUCUGUGAUUCUUAAACACCCACUUUUCAGAGACUGACAGACCAUACAUGGAAUACCCAAUCUCAACAGUGAAACUAUUGAUAUCCCUUUCAUUGCUCCCUUCAGGCCACUGUCGUCAUAUAUGCUGUACAGGAUCUUGGGCUGCUGCUGUUGUCCCGGUCUGCAAGAUGGGCCUAAGUCUUGCAACACAAAAGGAAGACGCGCAGAGCAGACAAAAGAUCUCUGGCAGAGUACAUCGAGCCGUUGC